CCCGCCCCGUUCCGCUCCGAACCGACUGAAAGCCAGUCGCUGCCGCUUGUCGUAAGGCGCCGGGGUGAGCUGUAGUGCUGCUGCCAGUUCUGCCCUCGCGUUUCACAUUUAACUCACAGUUCUGUUCUUAAGUAUGAACGAUGCGUUCUCUCAUAUUUUCAGUGCAAAGCCAUAUACGGGCCUGUAUAUAUGUCAGCUUGUCACCGUAAUGGCCAUUUACUAGAGAUAAUGAGUGCUAAUGGAGGAACAGGGGGCCAAGAGGAUUGUACAGAUGUUGCCCCAAGUACAGCUGACAUCAGUGCAUGAUGUGGAGAAAAACGAGACAGGAGAGGCAGCGCUGGCAACACUGCGAGCAGCUCCGAGCGCUCGGUGCAAGGAGAGGCAUUGCCAGUUGUCGGGCAGUCUGCCGUCCGAAGGCACGGAGAUGUGCUGCCCACCAGAAGCAUCAGCACGGCUCAGUGCUGUAACAUGAGGCUCUGUGCACACAGGCAGCUUUUAAUAUCUGGAUAUCCAGGCCUCCUAUAAAAGUGACUGAGGAAAGAAUGAUGGGACAAGAAUCAGCGUUCAGAGCUGGACAUGGGCAACAAGCAAACCAUUUUCACUCCAGAGCAGCUGGAUGCAUAUCAGGACUGCACAUUCUUUACAAGGAAAGAAAUUCUGAGCUAUGAAUGGGAUCUUCACACACACAAAGGGAUGAGGAAAAUAGCAAGCUGACAAAGUGCUGAUACAUUCAGAUGACUGUGCAUACAUUCUGUCUCCCGAACCUGACCGCUGUGGAAAAAAUAGAGAUACCUGUGGUGAAUGAAAACCUGUUAAGCUGUUCUGAAAGCCCGAGGGCUUUGUGUUUAUCACCAGUUUCACUAUGCUGCUUUUUUAACGUUGUCUCUUCCACUGACGUCAACUACAGAGUACAAUAAAUGUUAUUUAGGGACUGGUUCCAUCCUGGCAAAGGAUGCAGAGUGUGAAGAGCAGGUAAGGCAGACAGUCGUUCUCAGAGGUCUGACAGCUUGUUCCCUCAGCCAGCCUUUCUCUCUCUUUCAGGCUGUUCCACAGAUACCGAGAUCUGGCCCCGCAGCUCGUCCCCCUCGACUACACCAGCAGGCCCACGGUGACACUUCCCUACCAGCUCAUUGGCAGCAUGCCGGAGCUGAAGGACAAUCCGUUCCGCCAGCGGAUCGCAGAGGUUUUCUCAGAGAGCGGAGAUGGCAAUAUGACUUUAGAUGACUUUUUGGACAUGUUUUCUGUGCUGAGUGAGAUGGCUCCCAGAGACCUGAAAGCUUAUUAUGCUUUUAAAAUUUAUGAUUUUAACAAUGAUGAUUACAUAUGCAAAUCAGACUUGGAGAAAACUGUGAACAAAUUAACCCGCAAUGAACUCACCCCAGAAGAAGUCAGCCUUGCAUGCGAGAAGGUGAUUUAUGAAGCUGAUCUGGACAACGACGGAAAGCUUUCUUUGGAAGACUUUCAGCAUAUGAUAAUUCGAGCUCCGGAUUUCCUCAGCACAUUUCACAUUCGAAUCUGAACGUAGCAAAACAUAAAGAUGAGAGCGCUGCUUCUUGAACAGUUUGGAAGUGGAACCGGUCACAGAACUCACCUUAAAAGGAAAAGUUCAUCUUCAUUGAAUUUUCCCUGUCACUACACAACAGUGUUUCUAUGAAAUUACCUGUUCCCACCUCCUUCCCUCACCAAAGCAGUGAUGUGGAAAAAAAAUGUGUUUUUUUAAGCUGGGGAACCACCAGGUAUGGGGCUGUAUGAAAUUACAGCUUCUUAAACAAAGGCCCUAUGAAAAUACCCCUAUAUCCAUUGAAAACCCCACGUUAUGGACUCAUGCUGCAUGCAGGAAUCUCUGUACUGUUCCUACUGAACUUCUCCUUUUCCCCUGAGACAAAGCCAGCUCUAGGUUUAGGAAAACCUCCAGAACUUGGUUUUCCUCAGAGAACACAGACUGAGAAGGUGCUCAGCUCAAGUUCUGAGGUUCAGAGAAUGCCACCUAUUCAAAAAUAGAUUCAAAAACAGGAUGGUUAAUCUAAACUGUGUAACCAGCUCCUCUGAUGUCCUUUAACAGCCUUAACAAAUGAUUCAGUCAAUCAACUGGCCCAACUAUUCUCCUAGCGUGUCACUGACGCCUGAUGCAGGUUCUAAGAUGGAUAAAGGGAAGAUUUAUUCAGAAUUUACAAUUUACAACUUAAACAACAAAAAAAACCAACAAAACCAGAUCCUAUCCUGUGUUCUUGGCACUCUUCCCUGUUUUUGGCAAUAGUUUUCCACAAAAGGAUCUGUGUUUUAAUGAUGAACCAGACUGAUAAACUGAUUUUUUUAAGUUCUCUUUUCAUAAGAAGUUUAUUUAUGCAGUGCUCAGGGUCCUGUACAGAGUAAAAACAUACAUACUGUAAUAAACAACAGUUCUGUCUUUCAUACAAACAUCAAAAUCAAUGAGAAGUGUUUAAGAAAGCAGUGGUAACGUGGGAAAGGUGGCAGCCAAGAGUGGGCCUUCUAAGUGCAGUUUACAGUUGCUUAUGAAAAUAUUGCGAGUGUUCAACUCCCCUCAGAACGAAGUCAUGAGUCCCAGCUCACGCUCAGCUCAGAGCUCAGUUCCUGCAGGGGCUGGAGAGCAGCCUGCUGCACUUCGAUCAGCUUCAGAAGACAAAAUCUCCAAGCAUCAGUGAAAGAAAUGGGUCAAAGAAUAAAGCAGCCUGAAAUAAUCAGACUGUGAUUACCAUUAAUGUUCCAUCGAACAGAGCUUUAUUUCAUCUAUAAAUGAAGACACACCUCAGUCACCAUUCUUUCCCAACCCCUGUGAACUUGUAGCAGAAAUGGAGACCGUUCUUUCAGCGGUCAUUUGUCCAUUUCCCCUCCAGCAUAACCUCCAUCCAUUUCACGUCCAAGAAAACAAGAAAUCCCGGCAGCUUUUGAGCAUGAGCAUCAGCCAAACCACCACCACAGCAAUAAAACCCCUUACAGUUGUCAGUAAGAUGAUUACUAUCCCACACGAAAGGAGACCAAAUAAUUCCCAGCAGCAGCAAUGAGACUUACAAUAAUCCAUAGGAUUUAUAAAUCUGAGGCUGAAAGCCUGAUGGCAGCACGAGGCUCUGAUGUCGUGGGACAUGAGAUGUGCAAUCAGCACAGGAACUGGACAGGCAGAGUCAGCACUAAGCAGCAGUUCCAGCAUGCACUGCAAAUCAGCUGACAGGUCUGCACCCAAAGGGUGAAAUCUAUCCAGCAUGCUGCAACCAGCCUCAAAAGUAAGGUCAACCACAGAAUGCUACGAUCCUCAUCGAAGUAAAGGAAUUUGAGAACAUGCUCAAAAAUGGGUUUGUUUCUCUACAAACCAAGUGUUAACUGAUUACCUGGCAUUUUAGUGGUAUUUAGAUGUAGAAAAUGUGUGGCAAGCACAUUCUCAGCUUUUCAGAUCUACUUAAAUUCCUGUUUUAUAGAUUCUGUAUCCAAUUUCAGAUUUGUUCUUAGUUAACAAAAGCUUACAUAUAAAUGCAUUCCUGCAUUCGGUGACACAGAACCU